AUGGCUCGCCGAAACUUCUCCCGAGUUUUACUAAACGCUGGACCCAAUGAAACGAAUGUGGAUACAUUCAAAUAAAUAAUAAUACGAUAUAUAUUACGAUUCAAUAAAUUAUUCGCUAAUGAAGUUGAAAAGCAAGAAAAUAUUGUAUUCAGUAAUGGAAUAAUAAAUUGUGAGAAAUAACGGAAUACCACUUGUUCAAGGUGGCGCUCUCUUAGUUGGUUAUCCCUUCGAAGGCUUAUGAAAUAAAAUUGUAUUCAUAUACGCUCCGUGCGUUACCUGUAGGUAUGGUAGUUUGACGGCGAUCGGUCUGCCCCUGCUGGCAUUUUCGAGUAACAUCGCGGUGAAAUUUACCCUUUGACAGGCCGGAAGAUUCGUGAAAAAUUUAAAAAAAUGGAUAAAAUAAUAAAAUUUGGAUUUGUCGAUAUUCACGAGAAUUUCUUGACGAAUAGUGCGAAGGCCAACGGAAAAAAUCUCGUCGAAGGUGGUCAUCUGUCUCAUGUAAUUGAAGUCCAAAAAAGAGUACUAGGCUCCACUGUAUCGGCUAUAACUGCCAAAGUGAUCCCUCAAACCUCUGUGAAAAAGUCUCAAUAUGAUGUCAAGUUGCAGUUGGACAGUGUACGAAAUGUCACGUCUGCUGUAUGUUCGUGUCCUGCAGGUCUAGGUGGUGGGUGCAAACACCUAGCAGCAACGAUUUAUUACGUCAAUUCUAAUCACAGUUCAGCCACGAAGACUGAUAGUCUUCAACGUUGGGGCAUUCCAUCAGCAAGAGAAAAAUACAAAAAAGGAUGUACAGUCGCGAGUCUUUAUCCAAGGCAGCCCAGAUGUCGUCAAGCUCCUUCUGUGGCGUCUGAUAUUCUGCUCAACCAACGUUCCAGUGAGGAUUACACCAGUGAGAAGUAUGAUAGUGGGAUGAUACACGAGGAAAGGACAUUUUAUGAGAGAAAUGUGUUUAUAAAUGAAGAUGAUGAUUUGAUAAAAAUUGCUAUCCGAACUGUAGAUCAAUCUGCCUCACGAGAAUGGUUCGAACAACGUAAAUGCAGGAUUUCAGCAACUAAAGCUCAUCCCAUUUUCACCAAAAAGAAAGAUUUUAAAGGGUUGGCGACUCGAUUCAUUGAAAAUCGAAAAUUUGAAUCAGAAGCUACGAAAUACGGUCUUAAAACUGAGAAGGAAGCAGCUUCGUGGGUUAGAAAAAUUCUUGGAGAUCAGGGGAAACUCCUGCCUGUUGGUUUAAUUAUAAAGAAAUCUCAAUCAUAGCUUUGUUGCUCCCCUGAUGGUAUACUAACCAAUCUUAAUUCCACUGAAAUACAACUGAUGGAGAUUAAAUGCCCGUAUACGUGCAAGGAAAGCCCUAUUGUUGAUGUUAAAGCUGGACAGAUAAAUGUUCCUUAUUUGUUGAGAGAUGAGAAUGGAGGUUUAUGUUUAAAAGCAAGUCACCAGUAUUAUACGCAGAUACAGGCUUCACUGUAUGUGACAAACUUGAAAAUUUGUGAGCUGUUUGUUUAUUCUCCAAAAGGGAGUGUGAGCGUUACCAUUUUCAGGAAUGAAAUGUUCUUAAAAGAGUUGAUCCGGAAGUUGGAACAUUUUUAUUUCACUUACUAUUUGCCAAAGUUACUUGCAAAGAGUAUUGGAUAAGUUGAACUCAUCAAUUAUGUGUGUUAGGCGUACUGGUAGUAAGAGUUGGUCUAUUGCAUAAUUGUUGGUUUUUGUUAUUAAGAUGUCGAAGUUUUAUAAACUGUUCAUUCACUUUCAAUAAUAAUAUUGUUACCAAACUCAUAUAAAAUAUGAUAAAAUGACUUAAAGGACAGUUAUGGAUUUUAAAAAUGAGUAGAAGUUUCGUUACAUGUUUAUAAAUUAAUAGGUUUAUUUAUUCUGCAAUGGAUAGUCGACGAUACAAGACUUUUUCGUUUGCCUCAUUCCAAAGAUAAAGUAUUAUGCAGCUUAUGAAAUAGUUCAAUUUAGUGUCAAACUAAUUAUAAUAAUAGUCAUGAAAAAAAUUAAAUACUUAUUUUAGAUUAUAUCACUGAGAUAUAUCAUGUUUCGCAGUAAAAAGAAAUGUUACAGAUAUCUUUUAAAAAUAAAAUGCGAAAAUUUUGUACAA